AUGGAGGGUGCAGGCACCGCCGACCUAGCCCGGCACUGCCUCCUCUCACAUUCUCGCUCCUUGGACCCCCGGGCGCUGCUGGCUGUCAAGGCACGGAGGGACCACUAUGAAGAAGAGACGCUGAGCUGGGGCCCCCAAAACUGCUCGAUCCGCCUGAAGAGGAACCCUCCCCGGCCGUCGUCCUGUGCGAUGCUCCGCCGGGUGGCCCGCGACCUCGCCGACGCCCGGGCCGUGCUGAGCAGCCUGCCGAGCCCCGAGCUCUUCCCCGGCGUCGGGCAGACCCUGGAGCUGCUGGCGGCCGCGGGGCGGGACGCGGCGGCCUGCCUCGAGCUGGCCCGGCCAGGCUCCUGGAGCAGGUCCCCGCGGCGGCCCGGGAGGCGUCCCAAGACUCGUCCCAAGACUCGCCGAGCUGACUCGCCUCGGUGCCACGAAGCCACCGUCAUCUUCCACCUCCUGCGCCUGCUCGCGUGGGACCUGCGGCUGGUGGCGCACGCGGGACCUUGUCUGUGA